AUGUCUCAAACUCAUAGAAACUACCAGCCCGAGAUCUACUCUCAAGGAGCCACAUCAGGCGUCACUCCUGCCGUCGCCAUAGAUCCUCGCCAACUUGAAGAGCAAGCAAAGACAGCCCUGGGAGUCCGUAGCUUCAACUAUAUUGCGGGUGGAGCACGAGAAAAAGCCACGAUGGUCAGACAGCAAUCGGCUGGCGUUUCUUCAAUGAAUGAUGUUAGGUCUAUUCCCGCGCAGCUGAAAAGCCGAAAUGCGGAAAAGUAUCGCAUUGAAGUCCCCGAAAUGCUGACGCAGCUGUACUGGCCAAUGGAUGACAUAACAACCUCCUCGUUGAUACGUGUAAAGGAUAAUGGCUUCAGUAUCCUUAUAAUCACUCUGGACACUCAGUCGCUCGCUUGGCGACCAGCUGACCUGGACAAUGCCUAUGUCCCAUUCAUCAAGGGAAUGAGGAACGAGAUCGGCUUCACUGACCUACUUGGUUUUCUGGGGAGGAACUGGGACGGACCGCUGCUCCUGAAGGGAAUUCAGCAUGUGGGUGAUGCAAAGCUUGCCGUGGAGGCGGGCUGCCGACAAGUUGAUGCCGCAAUCGGCUCUCUGGAAGUACUCCCCGAGGUGAUUGAUGUAGCCGGGGACAAACCAACAGUUCUCUUCGAUUCUGGGAUUCGAACGAGUGCGGAUGCUAUCAAAGCACUCCGUCUAGGAGCAAGGCAGUUUUUAUUGGCAGGCCAAAAGAUCGUUAUCAGAGGGCUCCUGGCGGAUGUUUGGCAAAAUAUGGGGCUAUUGGGGAUUCGGUCUGUGACGGAACGCUACCGCGACAGGAUCCGAAAGGUAGUGUAUCCGGGGGAUAGGCACGCUAUGAUGUAAGAAAGUCAAUCGUAGUCUCAAUAUUAUUUCUUGGAUGGAAACAGAC